AUGGAGGCUGAGGGCAAGAAGAGAAAGUUGGAGGAGAUUAGCGUGGAGGAAUUGGUUCCAAAGUUGGACACCUGCGUGAAUUGUGAAUGCGAGUUUGACCACAAUUUGAAUGAUGGCGAGCAUGAUCCUUGCGAAUAUCAUCCUGGGAGAAAGCAGUUAAACGAAGACGCGGAGAUCUGGGAAGAGUACAAAGAAUGGAGUACUGGCCCGAUGGAGGACACAAUCGAUAUGUAUGAGUAUGGGAGUGGGUGGCAAUGGACUUGCUGUGAAGGAGAGGGGAAUUGGGGAGGUUGUGUUCCACAUAAAGGGAAGAAGCAUCCCGAAGGAUUGGCUGCAUCGCCGAAGAGAGAGUCUGGAGCUGAAUCUGCACCUGAUGCGAAGCACCAGAAAGUGGACGACUCCGACAAAAAGUCCAGCAACUCUGUGAUUGACUUCACCAACGAAGCUGAAGCUCCAAAGGCCACACAGAGCGAAGUGGAAGUGCCAUCCCAAGCACCUGAAGUCCUCACUCUCUCUGAUUCGAGCGCAGAAGAGGAGGAUGAAGGAAGCUUUGAGGGCAUGGAAUCUGAAAAUAUCGAGACUUGCACCUAUUGUGGAAAAGAGUAUGAUGGCGAUGGUGAUGAAGACUGUCUCUCUCACGAUGAAGACUUGACCAUUGUGGAAGACUGUCCACUCUCGGAAGCCGAAAGAGAGGAGCUUGAUGUAGAGAAAAAUCCCGAAUGGUUUGUUUGGAGUUGUUGUGGGGAACCAGCAGAUAGUGAGGGUUGCAGGCUGAUUAGCUCUCAUCAUCCUGAUCGAGGUAUGGGCUAUUAA